AUGGCCCAACACUUGGAGUUACAAUUUAAUAUAAAUUCUUCCGAAUACUUUAUGCAAGAAGAUUUUUGCCAACUAUGUUUGUUUAAAAUUGGAACUGGUGCUCUUCAAAUCACGCAAUGUAUUACAGAAAAAAUAAAAGAGUGUUUAGAUUUAGAUUUCACAGAAGAAUUCCCAAACAGGAUUUGUAAAGUAUGCGAAAUAAAGAUUAAACAGUUUUACGACUUUAAGCAAACUUGCCAAGAUUCCUAUAGAAAGUUUCGUGAUUUUUUAGCAAAUAAGCCAAUCAAAAUAGAAUCGCAUCAAGAAGACGAUUCAGAUAAUACACAUUUUGAAGAAGUCUCACCAGAACCUGAAAUUAAACCAAUAGUUAUUGAAACUAUGCCAAUAGCCAUAGAAACUGAACCAAUAGUUAAUGACACUAAACUAAAUGUUAAGGACACUAAACAAGUAAAAACAAGGAUACGCAAAAAGCGUUCGGAUUCCUGGUGCUAUGUAUGUCUCAUAGAUUUUAAAACUGCAGAAUAUCUUAACAAACAUAGAGAAGAACAUCACGAGAACAGCAUAACCCUCUACAAAUGUUUAGGUUGUGAAAAAGGUUUUAGAAAUAGACGUCUCUGUCUUAGCCAUGAGCGGCUAUUCUGCCAGGAACUCAAAAAUGGAUAUAAAUGUAAUAUUUGCAACAUAUUACUACCAACGCGAAGAAAGUAUGAAAAUCAUGACCAACAACAUAAGAGUAAUGUAAAAGUUGAAGCUGUAAAAUAUGAUAUAUUUAAAUGUGAUUUAUGCCAUUUGAGAUUUGGCAAUGAAGGUAAACUUAUUAAUCAUCUGAAGAAACAUAAUAAUCCAAAGAGAUAUGUGUGUGAGACAUGUGGACGAGUCUUCCAACGUCGUGAUUAUCUAUACAAACACACAUUUAUACAUAAUGGCCUAAAGAAAUAUGCUUGUACAUGUUGUGCAUACAAGACCAACCAGAAGUCAGCAUUAAAUAUACAUAUGAGGACACAUACAGGAAUAAAGCCAUUUGGAUGUGAUAUUUGUUCAUACCGUACAGUGUCCAGUGGUAAUCUUAAAGCACACCUGCAAAAACAUUCAUCAUUGAAACAGUAUGAGUGUUCAGUAUGCGACAAGAAAUUCGUUUAUAAAAAGAGUCUCGAAGUACAUAUAUCCUGCGCACACGCACCUCAGCACUAUAUCUGCGAUUGUGGCGCCCUCUAUACAAGCGCGAAGUCAUUGAAGCGACAUCUAGCGACGAAGCAGUGUGGCGCGAAAAGCGAUAAAUAUAUAUUGUGA